AUGGGCAGCGCAGGCUCUCGCAAUAAGACCGAACCACGGGCGGAUGGCGUCCGCGUAAGAUUUUCAUUACUUGAUUUGAACUUCGUAGAGCUUUUCAAGUGAUUCAUAAUUUAAGUUGGCAUUCGAUCCAGACGAAAAAUGGUCGAAUUUGUAUCGUGAACGCGAGAAAAAUCACCUCUACAAAUGGGUCGGAGUACGCAAAGGUAUCAAUUUUUGACUAUUUUCGGAAAGUGACUUGCAUUUCUUUCUAUCAACUAGUUGGUUUCUUGUACAAAACUGAAUCAACAAGAUCGCUUUGAGACCAGUUUUCUGCCCUUUGAAAAAUUGAUAAGACCGAAUAGUGUAGAACAAACUGAGUCAGAAGUAGAACCUGAAGUUCUCAACCUUGAGAGUCCCCAACUUUUUUGGAAAAAAAACCUGAAAGUCGAAAAAAAACCAUCAGAGAUUCUUGGAAUGGACUAUCUUCAUAAAUCGAGCAUUUAUUUCUCACAAAUUAGUAAGUUUUGCAGGCUAAGACUCUAAGAAUCCUCAUCAGAGGUUUCUGAUCAAUUUUAAGAAAUUCCUCGAGUUUAUAGAGAGUGAAAUUACCUUCCUUCUGGGGUUUUAAACUUUCAAUAAAAUUGUUCAAAAAUAGGUGGUGAGCUGAUAAACAUCUACGAAAGAGAUGGUGAAGAAGGAGUCCUGAAAUUCGCCGAGGAGAAAAUAAUUCCGAUGCUCUACGACGAAGGUCUGUUUUCCAAUAAUUUCCCUUCGAAAAAUGCGCACCUGGAAAGAAUUAACUUCUAAGUUUUGGUUCAACAAGUUUUUAAAGAAGUUACUGGUCGAUUUUCCUUGAAAGCGUACUUCUCAUCUUCUCUAUUUUGAUUAACAUUUGUACUUUUUUGCUGAAAUUUGAGUUCAAAGAGAACCAGCUAGCGUAUCCAUUGAUCAGAAUAUAAAUUAUGACUAUUUUUAGGCCGCGAGCCGCACCUCGUCAAGUAUUCCGACUACGUCAAGUGGAAGAAGGGCGUCGUUAGUGAACAGAAAUGAGAACAUCAGCCAAGAAAGUUGUUCAGAACGUUCAGCUCGGCCUCAACGAAGAAGGCAUCGACAUGCAGGCGAGCAAGUUCAAGGAGCACUACGCCCUCUGGAAACUCAAUAAACGUGGAGUCGAAGGCGAAAACCUCAUCCAUCUCCUGCUCAACAGGUUUCAGUUUCAGACCAUGAAAAUAAAGUUUCAUAAAUUGAUCUUUCUUUUUUUGGGUUAUUUCUUAAAAAAAGUUUUCUUGCGUUAUUUUGCAACUUUGUGCUUUUUAAUUUGAGAAAUUCAAAUUUUUAUUUUUGAGUAUCUGAAUUUCUUAUUUCUGAAACUAUUUUGCAAAGAUGGUUAUUGUAUAUUUUUGAAAAAAUUUUGGGUUUUUCUUUUUCAACGGUUGAAAUUUCCAUAUAUUCUGUUUCUGAUGCUUCACAAAAUCUCACUGCCUAAUUCUGAUUUAAAUGAUUUAUCAGACAAAGAAAAUAAAAAAAUUACUAACUUUUUUUGCGCGUCGCGGUGCAAGUUUGCGUCGUUCUGCUUCUUGGUGAUUUUUUUAACAAAAUGGGGAAAAAUCAAAAUUCUAUUUUUUUCCUGUUUUUUUGUCUUUGUCCUAAUUAUUGAGUUGAAAAAAAGUAUCAAGGAAAACUUUCAAAUAAGGAUAUACAAAUUUUUCAAUUCGAAGGAUUUACGGAAAAACCAGGACCAGAUAAAAGUUAUCAAAUAUUGAAAGGUUUACUCUGCAUAAUAAAAAAUUUUCAUUGUAAUUAUUUUUUUUUCCUCUCCAAAUGUAAUUUCGCCAAGAAUUUCGUUUUUUUUUAAAUGUAAAUGAAAAUAUUCUAGAGAGCAGCAAGUAUGCUACGAAAUCGCCAGAAUCCUCAUCAAGAGAUUUCCUGGCCUCGCCAACGACAUUUACCUUGGUGACGAGCAGUUUGGUAAGUGAUUCUUAUUUUUCGAAGGGGGUUUUUUUUAAUUCGCGGAAUUUUAGGACAAUCUCCGCUUCAUUUGGCGAUUGUCCAUGACGAUUACGAAACUGUCAGUUUGCUGUUGACCUGCAAAUCUGACGUCAACGCUCGUGCCUGCGGAAAUUUCUUCCUGCCUGAGGAUUUCAAGCUUAACAACAAGAUCACUGAUUAUCAAGGUGGAUCCAUGAAAAAAAAAAUUCAGUUUAGAAGAUAGAUAGAGGGAAAAAUAGAUUAAUAGAAGUUUUAUAAAAAUGACAGGUUUAUCAAAAAAUUGACAAGGAUUUAACGAAAAGUCAUUUUUUGGAGAAUUUAUGAAGCUUGGAUGAUUCUUGCUUUUCUUGGGAUUGCCAGAGUUGUCCCUUUAGGGGUAACCUUAGGGAGCUUGAAGUUUUUCCUUGAGGGCUCACCUUAAAAUUCCCUCUGUAGGCGCAUUUUUGAAAGUAAAAGUGAAACUUUGAGGCAUUUUAACUUUACUAGAAGACAAAAAAUUUAGUUUUCAGAGCCAUGGUUCCGUAGUUUUUCUUUAAAAUUCAACGGGAAUUUUUUAUGUAGAGCUUGAUGGUUUGGUAAUGAAAAAAGUGCGAUUCCAGGCUAUGCCUAUUAUGGAGAGUAUCCACUGGCUUUUGCCGCCUGCUUCGGCAACAAGGACAUCUACGAUCUUCUGGUUCAAUCUGGCGCCAAUCCAAACCUCCAGGACUCGUUUGGUAACACCAUCCUCCACAUGUGUGUCAUCAACUACAGCAGCGUGGGUUUUUUGUCACAAAAUAUUUCAGGAAAAUGAAAAUAACUAACUUCAAUACAAUAAUUUGAAUUCAAAGACACAUAUAGUCUGUUCUUUGAAUGCCAAGUCACUCCACAAACUCCGCCCCUUAUGCGUAGAUCAAACCAGAGAGCGAGCAAUCCACAGAGCGUUGUUAGGGGCGGAGUUUUCUGCUUGACAUUCAAAACCUAACAUAAUAUAAUUUGAAGAAUAAGUCUGUUUCAGCUCAUAGUUUCUCUAACAUACCAUUUUCCAGUCGAUGUACUCCUACGCAGUUCGGCACUGGGCUCAGCCGGCAGACCCGCACGUCGUCAACCACGCCGGAUUUACACCCCUCACACUCGCCACGAAACUCGGCCGAAAGCAGAUUUUCGAGGAAAUGCUCGAGCUCAUGAAAGUGGUCAGUUAGAGUCACUGUUUCAAGCUGGAUCAGAAUUUUUCCAAACCCAUGUUUGCAGGAAUUCUGGCGAUUUUCGGACAUGACCUGCUCGGCUUAUCCGCUUAACGCCCUUGACACCAUUCAGCCGGAUGGCUCUAUCAGUUGGUUUUUCGAAAAAAAAGUUAUAUAGUCCGUUCGCCGCGACUUGAGAGUUUUCGUGUGUUUGCGUCUCUCUGUUCCCUCACCGGCGUCAGAAAAUAGCACGUCAACAUAAGAGAGUCGCCGAGAGACGAGGAGGGCUCAGAGAAGUUUUUCAAGCUACCAAAAAUGAAUUAUAGCUGUACAUUCCCUUUUGAAACGAAGUUGGGCUAAAUUGCUUUGUUAAGUCUGCCCCUGAUCAAGAUUUCUUUCCAGACUACGAUUCUGCUCUGAUGACCGUGAUCAACGGAUCGACGCCUGAACAUUUGGACAUGAUAGGAAACGAAGUGAUUCAGCGACUUUUGGCAGAUAAAUGGAAGGCCUUCGCUCAGGUCCGUGUUUUUGAGAUUUUUCGCUUGAUUUUCAUAUUUAUAACCCAUAAAAUUUCAAAUUAGUGUAUCUUUUUCUUUAGUAGAGAAGCAAAGUAUUUGAAAAUUGGAAUUUUUUAAAUUUAGUUAAAGUUUAAGUAGAAGUAUUGAAGAAAAAUUAAAUUAUAGAUUUUCGAACUAUUUUAUUGGGUCUCAGCGGAAUCGUACGGAAAAAUAAAAAUGAUUUGCGUUCAGAACAGGAAUUUUUUCUUUUAAUUUUUUUAUUCACAUUUUUUUAAAAAAAGAAAGCUGAUUCUCAACCAAGCAAUCCACUGUACUGUACAAUUAAAAAAAUCAUAUCCAAAAAAACAAAAAUCAUGAAUUUUUUUACGCAGCGCCAUUAUAAAAUAUAUCGCGUAGACAGCCUAUAGAAAAUCCAAACUUUUUGACAUUUGCAUGAUUUUUUUUAGCUGCAUUAUGAAAAAAAAAUUAGGCUAAUCCUCUAAAAAAGAAGAUUUCUAGAGAAAACUGGUAGAGCGAGCCGCGUUUUUGAUAGCCCAACUGGUGAUGCUCUCUUUUGUCGUCUAUGUGAGACCGACCGAGCUCGAGCGGCUCUACAUGGACGAGCCUCAGACUGACGACAAGGCAACAACCUUUUUUAAAGGAAAAUAUAAUGGAGUUUCAGUUUCGCGCCUUUUUUGAAGUUUUGACCGUGCUCAAUUGUCUUUUUUUCGUUUUUUGGCAGCAACUGGGGGAGAUCCGAACUCAGGGAUUCAGAGGUUACCUCCGGAAUUUGGUGAGUUUAUUAAUUGGGAAUGAAUUGAAUUCUCUGAACUGUCUGCGCUCUCUUUUCUCUCACUGGUGACUCUAUAGGUGUUUUCGGGAAAAGAUGCCUCAAAAUCACAAAAACUUCGAAACCUGUGAAAAUGGGCUGUUUACUGGAAAUUUAGGGAUUUUUGCAGGUUUAGAAUCUCUGACUCUUCAUCUGGUACUUUAAGAAGUAUCAUGGCUAUCAUUCACCUGAGAAAAACGUAAAAUUACCUUCCUUGUGAGAGAAAAGAGAGUGCAGACACGUCAGAGUAUCUUACGUUGUGACGCAUGAAGUAUAAACGCUCCCUUGUAGAAAACGGCGCCUGCGAAGGCAGUUUUUUGUGUCGCCAACGUCUUUCUGAUACUGUGUCUGCCUUGUCGACUUUGCCGGAAGCACGAGCUCGAAGAAGCUCUUUUCGUCUUCGCUCUUCCUGGCUCCUGGAUUUUCCUUCUCUUUUUCGCAAGGUCUUGUAAAAUAUAUUCAAUGAUACGACCAGUGAAAAAUGAGAUUUUUAGAUAUAAUUUGAAACCCUUCGAGCCUUUUUAUUAGGCUUCAAAGAACUUACUUUUAAAAAAUCGUCAUUUUUCAAUUUUCUCUUUAUUUUCCCGAAGAAAAAAAUUUUUUUGUUGACGACAUAAAGCUCUUCGCCAUGAGAGCUCCUAACUAGUGUGAAGCUGCGUAAAUAUUUUUUUCUGAAAAAUUGAUUACGGUAAUCAUUUUUGUGCAGUUCGAUGUCUCGGUGCGAAGCUAAAAAUGAGUUUUGUUUUUUUUUUCGGUUCUGGAGUUAGGCGAUAAUAUUGGAAAACUGAUGUUUUACUGCCUUUAAUACUCCAGAUCGAGAAUGAACCAACGCGUCGCGGUCGCGUAGCGGUCAUUUUUAUUCUUUGAAGGAAAACCGUUCCAAGGAACUUCUGUAUGAAACAUUCAAAUUUUUAGCCUGUAAAUUUUGAGAGAAUUUUAUUCAAAGUGUAGACGACCGCGACGCUUUGAGCCAUUCUCCCUGCGACCGCGGUUUAUUGUAAAUUAAUUUUUUUUUUUUGUAGAAGUGCCAAAUUGACGGGUCCGUUCGUGCAGAUGAUUUAUAGUAUGAUUGCUGGUGACAUGAUUCGUUUCGCAAUCAUUUCAGCCAUCUUCCUUUUUUCCUUCUCUCAAGGUAUGGGAUUUCAGAUUGAAUUGUAGUUGAGCCUUCAAAAUACAAAUUUUUCCGGGGGUUGUAGGCUGAGUUCGUAGAUCACAUGAUCAUCUACCGUAAUUUCGAAAGUUUUAACGUUUUACCUAGUUUUCUUUUUAGUUUAGACGUGAGAGCUGAACUUCUUACUUUGUCAAAGAUUUCUUACAUUUUCGUAUAUUUUUAGUUUCUUUUCAACAAAAUUUUGAAAGAUCUAGGUUUCCUCGAGGCUUAAAUUCAAGUUUCAUCGCUUUCGAACAAGUUUAGAAGCUUCUUCCUUUUUUUGAACACUGCUAAUUUUGAAUUUUCACAUCCUGCGCUACGGCUUGAAAAAAUCUGACCUGUCUGCGCUCUCUGAUCUCUCACCUGCAGGCCAUGGGAGAUAAAAAGUAGCAUGUGAGUCUUCAGAGAGCGCAGACAAGUCAGAAAGUUUCAAGAUGAGGCAAAUAUUAUGAAACGUUUCCAGUGUUCUACUUUGUCGGAAAGGACAUGGACGCGAAGCAGAAGCUCGAGGACACGAAUCCGCACGCCUGUCUGGUCGAAGGUUACACAAUCUACACCUACAACACCUUCCCGGAGACGUUCAUCACCUUGUUUCGAGCUUCGAUGGGCGGUUACGAUGUAGGGAUACAGUACUGGUCAUUAAAACAUGCCUUUUUGGGUUUUCUGACCAUAAUUUCGUUUUAAACUAUCAGAAUAUACUGAAAUUUAAAUAUGUUAUGGAUGGCGGUGAUUUACAUAGCUUCAAAUACCAUUAUAUAAUGCUCAAAAAUAUCUCAGUCCAUUCUAGCUUACUUGAAAAAUAUAUCCAAUUUUUCCUGACCUUGAGAAAAUGAAAGCAUUUCCACCAGGGCAAUUUUUUUGCGGUCGCUACUUGCGGCGGGGAACGUGGAUUCAAACAUGAACAUGGAAUAUCUAGAAAAUGGUUUUUUUCAAUUCUCAUUCAUUCAAAUGUUGUUCCAGAACCAUAGAAAAGCAUAGUCUGAAGUUGAGAAAGAGAAAAAAACGGGGUUUGCGUUUGAAUUGUCAUUUUCCGCCAAAAGACGCGACGCGACCGCAACGCGGCAGUUGCAUGACUUAGUUUUUCAGGGAGAUUUGAAAAGACUAUAAGAGAAAAUUUAGUAGAGUUCACACGAUUAGAGAGAACGGUGCUUAAAGAAGAGGUCUAGACAUCUCUCUAUUGUUUUUUUGUGUCCGAAAACACCGGUGAAUGAAGUAUAACUCGGUUUCAAGGCACCUUUUUGUCUUUCCAGUACGAAGAAUUCUCCUGCGCCAACUACGAGCCUCUGACCAAGACCCUCUUUGUCCUGUACAUGUUCGUCAUGCCGAUCAUGAUGAUCAACAUCUUGAUCGCCAUGAUGGGUAACACCUACACGACGGUCAUCGCUCAAGCUGAGAAAGCUUGGAGGCAGCAGGUGAAGCUUUCCCUUGUAAGCUCUUUUAUUUUCAAAUGAAAAUACAGUAUGCACAAAUCGUGAUGGUCUUGGAGCGAUCUGUAAAUCGCGAACGGUUGGUGGCGAGCCAGUUGGAGUACAGUAUUCGACUGGACAAUCAGGUUAGUUUUUACUCAACAACUUCAUGGCCGCACGUAGAAUGGCUAGGAACCUCGGGCGAAAGUUUCAAAAAUCACAAAAAUGUCCGUUUUUCGCGACUCUCUGCGCCCUCUUCGUCUCUUGGUGACUCUCUCGUGUGAAAGUGCUAUUUUCAUGUUUCUCUGACCUCGUCGAUGAGGGAACAGAGAGACGCAGACACUCAAAAACUUUUAAGUUGAAGCUUUUUUCAAAAAAAAAACCUUUUAGUGGCUCCCAACAGAUCUUUUCAUUUCAUUUUUGCUUUUUCUAUUUUUUUAUCAAAAGAUUCCAGUGAUUUCAAAAAAAGAUCCCCCGAGGAUAUAAAAAAAGAGCCCAAAAGCGGUUCCCCAUUAUUUUAGAAGCUUUGGGAGAAGCCUUCUUAGGUCCUUUUGAGGGUACUCCAAAGAAAAUUUUCAUUUUACCUAUGAAGUAGCGAAAAACACACCAGUAAUCCUAAUUAUGGCAGAAAUGUAAUUCAUGCAAAGAAUCAAAAAAAAGAGCUUCAAAUCUCCUUUUAGGAGACUUCAAAUGGAAUGGAGGUCCGUGGACUGAUGGUCAUCAAACAAACGAAGAAAACCAGGGCGAAACAGAGAAAACAGGCCAUAUACAAUUGGAAGAAUAUUGGAAAGAAGGUUCUCAGAUCCGAAUCUAAGUCAGUUUCCAAGACGAGAGUUGAAGGUGAUCCACACGAUCGAGAAGGUCGGCGCGGAGCAAGCGGUGCUUCUGCUACAUGGUCACGACCUUCUGGAGCCUGUCUUCGAAGAUCCUAACCACGAGAAGGUUCCGUCGAGGUCGAGGACGCCGACGCGGAUCGCCACCAUGCACAGCAAACGUGUCCGGCCGGUUCUUACCACGACCGAAGUGAGGAAAUUCAUUUUUGAAGGGGAAAAAGUGGAAGUUUUUUUCUUUCGAACCUUGAGGUGUCCGUUCUCUUCAAGCUAUUUUACAGAUCCCGGUUUUUUGAAGUAUCGUUGUCUUAUUGCAAAAAUGAAGGCGGAUUAUGGGGGAAAAAACAUUUUCAAAAUUUCAAGCUAUAAUAUCGAACUCAAUCUAAAAUCUGAACCUUCCAUGAAAAAUUUGAAAUAACAUGUGAUAUUGAAAAUGAUUCUUCCGUAGCUUGAAAAUUGCCACUUUUUUAUUUUCGAAUAAUUUUUUUUUUGAAGUGAAAAUUGGCUUUUCAUGCUCAAUUCCCUACUAAGAGUUCACUAAUUUUAAAAUAUUCGUGCUCUUUUUGCAAGUCAGCACAGUCAGCGAAAAUUCCCUGCAAAGGCGAGAGACACCAGACAAGUAGAGGAACUUUUUUGGGACUAGCUUAGCGGUGCAUUGAGUACACACGCUCUGUCAGGAACCAAGUGUACGCGAAAGCGCUGCGUCGCUCCCAGUGGCCGGAUGGUCUAGGGGUAUGAUUCUCGCUUCGGGUGCGAGAGGUCCCGGGUUCGACUCCCGGUUCGGCCCAAAUCCUUUUUGCAGUUUUUAUUUCAGGUGAAGACUGAUGAGAGCGUCAACAAUAUGCUUCUCUCAGCGCCUCCAAGUCUUCAAAAUGAGGUUUGGCACUGUUUUGUGUCUCUGAGACUGUUAUCUAUUGAACAUGAAUUUCUGAUGCUUUGAAGGUAAAUGAAUGAAAAAUGGCUUUGUAAAUUAAUACUGACAAAAGUUGUUUUUUGAUCAUUAUGAAAAUUGUUUCUAUCCUCACUAGGAAACGGAAAAAGUUAUGUAUUUUACUAUUUCAUUUCUUUUAAUUAUGAAAAAUGUUUUCAACGAUUAUCAUUCUCUAGUAUUCAUAGGAAACUGCUUAAAAUUUUCAAAAAAUUUUUUUCUCUGUUUUUCAAAAGAUGAUAAUGUCCUAUUUGAGAGUUUUUUUUUCUAGUGCGUCAAAAGGUCAUGUACGAGUAUGAGUAUAAUGAUGUACUUGAAGGGGACGACGAUAGAAUGGCACCCAACCGUGGCGACAGUCGAGGAGCGCGGCGAGUCCGGACUGACGAGGACAGACGCCACCAGUCCGCCCAAGGAAGCCGUCCAGAUCAACAUCGCCGAGAUCGUGAGUGAUUAGUUCCAAAUUCAGCGGACUUUUCUUUCCAAAUCGUUUUCAACUGGUUUCAGCAUCGACCGGUGCGAGUACGAGGGGUCGACGCCCUUCCGUCCGUCGAAGUGCCCAACAUGCCUUCCGGAUCGACACACACCUCGACGCCUCCUCACAGAGCCGCGUCGCCUCGGAUCCGACACGACAUGUUCCGCCGCAAGGAUAGUCCCGUUAAAACGAAAAGCGGCGGCAGUCGCAGCGGGACCGCCACCGCAGACAGCUCUCCCAAUCAUUGA